AUGAAGUACAUGGACAUUCCCCAGCUCAACCAACUCUCGCGUUUGCUCUCCUACGACUCGUCCGAGUGCAAUGUGCAUACCCGCAUCGAGGCCUACAGCAUGAAGCCGAUAACCAAGGACAAACGAAUGUGGAGAAACCUCGAAAGAGAAUACAAAGAAGACCAGAUUGAAGUCACACAUGCGCUCUUUGGCAAAGAGAAUGGCGACCGGGCGCGCAGCCAGAGUAUCGACAUCAUGGCCCCGCCACAACGCUCGUCGUCGUUUACCCAUUUUGGAAGGAGCCCAAGCAUCUCGAAUAGUCCCAUCGACUCUGCUCUCCUUCGCCGGUCUGAGAUGAGCCCAGGCGACAAUGGCACGGAUAACGAAAACGACGAGAACGCCUACAAGCUGCCGGGACAGCUAGACAAAUCCGAGCGCAAGACGCUAUUUGUCCUCAAAUCAACGUUGAAUGCGGCGUUUCCUCAUCAUGACUUUGCGUCCCUGGGAGCCGACCAGUUUAGUCGAGAGAAGAAUGGCAGCGCCGUCCUCGCGUCCUUGUCGAAUACGUUUAGGUCGGUCGGAGUUUCGUCUCCCUCUGACAUUCAGAAUGGAGGACGGCCGGGCUCUGCUGGUCGAGGUGGCUAUAUGGCAGGGAUUUCGAGAGCGACGACGUACUCUGCCUAUCCGGGGGAAGGUCGUUCGUUUUCGCCUAGUAGCGUCCCCACGCGAAGUGAGGGUAUCGAUGCUCUCCGUGCCAUGGAAAGGAGGUCCAAGGGCGAGUUUGAGUCUGACGUCGUGUCAUCUACGCACCCUGUCCUCUUUGGGGUCUUGGACGACGCGAUAGGGCUUAGGGAUGGACAAUGUGAAGUCUACGUGUGGACGCCACCCAAUUCGGAAACAGAUCCCCAUGGCGGAGGGGACGAGGAUGACAGCGAAGAUGAGUGGCCGGAAGGGAGCACGGAUGAAGAGGAUGGAGAUGAAAGUGGAGACGAAAUCUUCAUGAAAGGAUCAGAGACGGAAAGUGAAGAAGAUAGUGACGAUAGGCCGCGACCAUUCUUCUAUCCGGGUGGUGUGUCGAUCCAUAAUCGACCGCGCUCUUCCGGACUGCGUCCCACGGGAUCUCUGCCGACGACGACUAUGGCUACUACGACAUCGAACCACGUGACGUCAAAUUCGAUUUCCUUAUUGGCACGUUCGCGUCCACGGAAUGGGCACUCACGUUCCCCCACUCGGUCGCGCAACCUCCGUCUGCGUGGUUCGCUACUGUGGAGCAACCACUGGUUCUUUGUGAAUCGCAAGCUGAAGAGGGUCUUGUUCAUCUCGAUUUGGGCCAAGUCGCGCGGGUACGGCUUCUCGCCUGCGAACGUCGCGAAGCUUAAUACGAGCACGAGCACCAGCGCUGGGACGGGGGCUUCGCUGAAGCCGGGAUCGAGCGGAGGGCUUGAUCUUGGUUCUGAGCGGUUCGUAGGAUGGCAGGGAGCACAUGGUGCGGGUGCACGAGCGUUUGCAGCACGCAAGACGGGCUCGUCCCUCUUCUGA